AUAGAUUUAAAAUCUUCUUCAAAUACACAUGUAUAUUACAAAAGUCUCUACUAAUGGCGAGUACAGAUAGUAACCAGCUACAAGAUGAGAUUCGUUCUCUGGUUCAUGAGCGAAACUCGUUAAACAACUUAAUAAAGAGGUUAAAGAGUCAAAUAGACGGUAAUAAUGAUGGAAUUUUGAAUGGCCUACUCUCAACAAAGGCUUCUAUAGAUACAUCUCUGGAAGGCAAACGUAAACUGACAGAGGAUGAUCCAUCUACUACCGAUGAAGUUGAAAAACGACCAAAGGUGGAAGAAGAUAACGCCACGGUCGAUAGGCAUAAACGUAUGAUGAAAAUCGGUCUUUGGGGACAUUUACAGAAAGCCAAAGAUGCACUAGCUAAGGAAAAGAAUGAUCAAAAUGUAAUCAAACAUAUUGAGAAGGGUAAAAUGAUAGAAACAAAGCUGGAAGAACGUCAAAAGGAACAAUUGAAUAAUCUGACAAAGGAUAUAGAGGAAAAAAUCAAACAACAUGAAGAGAAACUGGUCCAGAUAGAAUCAUCACUAUCUGAAAAACAAACACUGUUAAUGAGGCUAAAGCUGAAACAGCAUUAUGAAACAAUGGGAAAUUUUAUUGCGACAACUACCCAGCCAACUAUAUUUUGGGUUCCCAGAAAAUUUAACGAGAAUCUGGAAAGUCUUCGAAAUUCGACCAGGGAAUUUAUUAACAAAAAACUUGAAAUCAUCGCUAACACUGAUUAUUAUUAACUCUCAUACAAAUUGAGAAUGAAUUAGACAAAGUUUUCUUGACAAAUCCACUCUUUAAUCUCGGAAAUCAUUUCCUUACAAUUAGGGAAUUCUGAUUAAAUCGUAAUUUUAU